GGAUCAGUGUGUCUGUCUUAACCCUAUGGUGGAAUGACAUUGAUAUUGGAAGAGCAGAUGAACAAUAACACACCUUAAGCAUAGCUGCUGUGUUCCAGGGAUCACACAUGACCUUGCAAUCUUUUGAAAUAUUUUGCAAUUUUGAUGACCUAUUCUGUGAGAUCUACCACAUUGAAGCCGACUCCAGGGUGAAGGGGUUAAGAUAGCUUCUUGAUUAGCAUGAGACUGGGUUGGCUGCCUUGUUUCCUGCCCUUCAAUAGCUGUUCACUGCAUUCAAAGGCAGCAAGCUAUUCAACAGAGGAACACUAAGAACUGAACAGGAUUUGCAGAUCUGGGAAUAUCUGAAAGCAAACUGUUUGGGUCUCAUUGUAUUGCAUACCUGUAAGCUUGCAAGCGCGGCCUGGUGAAACAGAUACAUUUAGGAAUAUAAAAGAGGAGGUUGCAAAAAAAAAUAAAAAAUAGGCUGCAAGUGCACACUGAGGGAAACUGGAUUCUGAUCAGGAAACAGAUGAUUUGACCCUCUUGUAAUCACUGUGAAAAUUGGUGCAUGAUCUUGUCUGCGAUGUGAUGUAAUGGGAACAUUUGCACACUCAGUGUUUGAGGAGCAGCUGUGCGGCUGUGAGGAAUGAAUAUUGUCCCCUGAUUACUGCAAUGCCGAUUUAGAUUGCCUCAUUGAUUCGCUCUACGGAGCCUGAUAGGUGAAGAGAGGAGGGGGGAAGAAUCUACUUUCAUCGUCAUCACCGCCUAAUUUCAGUUCCACAACCAUUUGGAUAUUGUCACAGAUUUUAUUUCGCCAGUUAUUGGGUGCAAAGGUUUAGGCUGAAACCAAAAUCUCUGGGUGUUUUCCCCCCCAAUAUUUGCUUGGUUCUUUUGUGUUGUGCCUCACAGUUGGCUAAGCAGCCCUAUGCUGAAUCAAGCUAUUGUUUGGGAUCUCAGAGCUUUCACGCUACAAAUCUCUGCUCAAUCCCCCUCCCCUUCUUUGGCUGAGAAGCCACAUAAUGUGCCUUUCCUCCACAUGAAUCUGGAAGCUAUAAGCUGGAUUGAUUGCAAAUGAAGUGUAAGGCAUUGUGGGACGUUUAUAAAAUUGGAUCAUUCGAGGGAGAAAACGAACGGACCCACAGCUUGCUUCCUAGAAGAGGUAGCAGCAAAAUGUUUGCAACCCAUGCUCAAGCUGUGUGUGCAGUCUUUUGAUGAAAAAAGGAAGCAGCGGUGAGGCCUCUCUCAUGCAGCUGGACAAUUAGGCUUUAGGUAGCCUCAGAAUGAAGAAGACCCGGAGUACAACCUUACGCCGGGCCUGGCCUAGCGCAGAUUUUUCUGACCGGGCCUCAGAUCGUAUGAGGUCCCGUAGUGAAAAGGACUAUCGGCUGCAUAAACACUUUCCACCAGCUUUUAUUUCCCAGGCAUCACGGGGCUAUAUGUCAGGUGAUGUGUCGCCUAUCAGCAUGUCACCAAUCAGCCAGUCACAGUUCAUUCCUCUCGGGGAAAUCUUAUGCUUGGCCAUCUCCGCUAUGAAUUCUGCAAGAAAACCUGUCACGCAAGAAGCACUAAUGGAGCACUUGACAACCUGCUUUCCAGGUGUUCCAACCCCAAGCCCUGAAAUCCUCCGACAUACACUCAACAUGCUUGUGCGAGAGAGGAAAAUCUACCCUACACCCGAUGGAUACUUUAUAGUAACCCCACAGACUUAUUUUAUAACCCCAUCUCUUAUAAGAACUAACAGUAAAUGGUACCACUUGGAUGAGAGGAUAGCUGAUCAUUCUCAGUGUACCUCUCCACAACCAGGAACUAUAACACCUUCCCCUUCAGGAUGUGUCAGGGACAGAACUCUCUCCAAAAACCACUGCGACUCUUGUCAUUGCUGCAGAGAAGAUAUGCAUAGCAUUCAUGCAUCAACUUUACAAAGGAAAUCCACAAAGGACUGCAAGGACUCAUAUUGUCCUCCAUCCAUGUGCCAGAUCCCCCCUACUGAGAAAAGCAAAAGUACCAUAAAUUAUUCUUAUAAAACCGAAACCCUCACAAAACCUAAGGAUGGGGAAAAGCCAUCUAAAAAGUUUGGUCUAAAGUUGUUUAGGCUGAGUUUUAAAAAGGACAAAGCAAAACAAUUGGCAAAUUUUUCAGCCCAGUUCCCUCCUGAAGAGUGGCCCUUGAGAGAUGAAGACACACCUACCACUAUACCCCGGGAAGUAGAAAUGGAAAUAAUUAGACGAAUCAACCCAGACUUGACAGUGGAAAAUGUUGUACGGCACACUGCACUAAUGAAAAAACUUGAAGAAGAGAAAUCUCAGAGAAGCAAAGCUGGGUCAUCGGCUCAUCAUAGUGGCAGAAGCAGAAGAAGCAGGACUCACAGAAAAACUCAUGGAAAAUCUCGAUCUCAUAGCAAGACUAGGGCUUCCAAAGGUGACCCCUCAGAUGGUUCCCACUUAGAUAUACCUGGAGAAAGGGAGUAUGACUUCUUAUAUAAACCUCGAAAUAGGUCACCCAGAGAGGGUUGUUUUAUAAUGGAGCGUAAAGGAGGAGAAAAUUUUGUUGUUCUAAGCAAUCCAAACAUGAUUGAAUCCCAUUUUCCAGUCACACCAGAAUGGGAUGUUUCUGGUGAACUGGCCAAAAGGAGAACUGAAAUGCCUUUUCCUGAACCCUCUAGGGGAAGCUCACACUCAAAGGUCCAUCGAAGCCACAGCCAUACACAAGAUAGAAGGUCAAGGAAUGAAAGAUCUAAUAAAGCUAAAGAAAGAUCUAGAUCAAUGGACAACUCCAAAGGACCUCUAAGUGGUGCUUCCUUAGGUACACCAGAUGACCUAACCGAAGGCUGCAGCCUUGAUGAUAAAACACCAAGCCAGUCUUAUAUUGAUGACAGUACCUUAAGACCAUCACAUUCUUUGACGCAUCAAAGAAAUCUAUCCUUUAAAGACCCAUGCAUACCAGAAUUGGCGAGUGGUGGUGCAGAUACCCCUAAGUCAUGUAGUCUGAUAGAACAAGGCAAACUUCCAGAGACUUUAUCCUCAUACAGUGAACUUAAUUCUUGUUCCAAAAAAACACCAGAUGACUAUUUUCAAUGUAACACAUCUAGUGAAACAAUACUCACUGCACCAUCACCUCUAGGAAAGAAUAAAGAUGAUAUUGAUAUAACAAGUGUUUCUGAAAGCUUGAAAAGACUAUCGCCAGCUGACAAGCCACAGCAACACAUAGCUAGAGAACAAGGUGAAUAUAAAGAAGAAUCACCUAAAGGAACAAUCAGUAGUCUUUCAGUUGCUCCUUCUAGUCAAUCACCUGAAGUAAUUGCAAAUGGUAGAUUAGUGCCACAUCACAAUACAGAAUCAAGCAGUCUUGACAAAAGGAAAGAAAUAUUCAGUAAGGAUACCCUAUUCAAACCUUUGCACAAUAGCCUAUCUGUGAAUAGUUUUCAUAAAUCUGGUGUGACAUUGUUAAAAACACACCAAAAGACUUCUCCUGAAACACUGCCAGCAAGCGUUGAAAACUUUGAGCAACCUAUUACCACCUCAGUUACACAAAAUCUGGCCGUUUCACCAAGGCCACAGGAACCAACGGGGAACCCAGAAGCCUCUUUUGAUUACUAUAAUGUUUCUGAAGAUGAUGAAUCUGAAGAAGGGACGCAAAAGACAGCAGAGGAGGAGAAGAACAGAGAUGAAGUAGGGACAAUGCAAUGGCUACUACAAAGGGAAAAGGAAAGGGAUUUGCAAAGGAAGUUUGAAAAGAACCUCACUCUACUGAACCCAAAGGAAACUGAAAAUGGCAGCAGUCAGAGAGCCACACAUUCGGCUCGUCUAGAUAGUAUGGAUAGUAGCAGCAUCACUGUAGAUAGUGGCUUUAAUUCACCACGUACUCGUGAAAGCCUGGCUUCCAAUACAUCCAGUAUUGUUGAAAGUAACAGACGUCAAAAUCCCGCUCUAAGCCCUGCUCACGGUGGUGCUGGUCCAACAUUUAACUUCCGGACAGCUGCUACAGAAACCACGACAACUGAUGCUGAUAAACUGCAGAAACCCGCUAACUGUUUGCAAGCGUCUGUUACUAGUGUUUGAUAGCCUUUCAGCCUCAAAAUCUUGUUCUGUCUCAUCCUCUACAGCAAAGUUUACUACACUGGGACUGAUGUUUACAUCUAUUUACAAGCAAGCCUCACACCCACAGUUUUUGUGUCUUACUAAAACUGUGCUGCUAAUUAGCCCAGGGGGCAAUGACAAAGAACAGAAUUCCCACCUUUUGUUCCUAUUUUGGCUAUAUAUUUUUCCCACAAUAAUUGCUUUCCAAAAUGUACAGCUCUGUAGAAAGUGAAUAACAUUAGCGACAAUGUGUACAUUUUUUUUUCACGUAAUUAUAGCAGAGCACAUAUAUUAGUCUUGACACUGUAAUCUGCUAUUUCAAUGUCUUGCCAUACAAAGCAGUUUAUUUCUUUUUAAAGCGGCAGUGCUAAGGACUGAUGAAAACUUUGAUGCAAUUGUAGGAUUCCAUAACCCAUUAUUGCAUUAUGUUAAAUUCUGCUGGAAUAAUUUUGACUAUAUUUAAAUGUAGCAAAAUAAAUGUUACCACUAAAAGAACCAUA